CAUGAGGUUGUUGUUGUUAUUAGUGCUUUGCCUUGCUUUCGUCCUCGUUGCAGCUAAACCCAGUUUUGUAGAGGAUGAAUAUUUAGAAGACGCAGAGGAAAAUGAUGCUCGUCACCGUUUGCGCAAAUGCAAGAAGAAGUGUAAAGUUGGAGAAUUCUGCAGGAUAGUCUUGUAUUGGUGUGAAUGCUUUCAACAGAGAGGACUGGGACAGCCUUGUUGCAAGAACCCGCCUGCUUAUCUCUGUCACCACGGUUGUCGCGAUGGACUGGUCUGUAAACGUGUCCUUCGUCCCACCCCUGCAGACGAAAGGCAUCCUCAUCACCGCAGCCGUUUCAGGUGUAUCCGUCCUCCACCUACAGAGGAGCCCGGUUCUGGAGACAUUUACGUGUAGUCUUACAUAAUAAAUUAUUAAACGUCAGCGCAGUCGGGCACCUUGCGCCAGCUUUUGUUGUUUUUGUACAGAAUCU